AUGGACGCCGGCGUCUCUUCGAUGGAAAGCGAUCCGUUGUCUCUCUCCUCUUCCGAGGACGAAGACAACGAGGCGUUUACGCGCGACCUCGACGCAGAGAUGUCUGAUCUCCUCAGUCAGCUGCAGGCUCCGUCGCAGAACGCGGCAAAGAGCCUCGCCGCUCCGCUGCCGCCGCCGAAGCUCGCCCAACCGCUCCCCCAACGGAAGAAGUUCGCUUUGCUGGUGCCCCCGAAGAAACUGCCGCACGUGGGAGUCAAGGCGAAGGUCCACACUCUCCCUUUGCCCAAGACGGAAGGCGCAGCGCAAGACAUCUCCGAACCCGAAGAAACAGACGUCGCGUCUCCUUCUGGAGGGCCGGACUCGAAGCUUGAACCCGAGAGCGAAGAACCCCGGCCUCCUGGCCAGGAAGUCGAGAAGAAAACGCUUCCCCGUGUGCCGCCUUUGAAGUCGACGCUCGACAAGUCGCCUGUUCUUUUCCCGCGGCCUCCUAAGUUAGGGGGACUGCCAGAGAGCAAAAGCAAAGUGCCUCUGAAGCCGACGCUAAAGGACCGUUUCCCCGUUCCAGUCUCGCUUCGGAUGCCUCUCAAGGCGAAGGCAGAACCGCGCCCAGAUUCUGCCGCAAGUUCCCGCCACGUGGAGCUGUCUCCGUCCUUGGCGCCGCCUUCCCGCGAGGCGACGAUUCCGAAGAAAUCUCUGGUUUCCAAGCAGCUUGGCACAGGCGGAGCGAAAACCGACGCUUCCGGCUCUUCGCAGCCUCCCCAGCGUCUGUUUCCGCGCCCCCAUGUCCCGCAGCCUUUUGGGGUUUCGCCUCCGGGCUCUUCCCAGCAGGCCUCCCCGGAGGAGACGGGCGAGAGUGUCGCCGGCGAGGAUGCUGGCGAUGCCGAGCAACAGAGUCCCGUAAGCGGAUUUGCGUUCCGGGGCGAAGCGAGCGACGGCGGCAGAGACGCUCGCAGCGACUCAGCACCCAGCCCCCGCAUCGAAGCGGCGAGAAGGGCGGACAGCGAGGGACCGGGAGCGCGCGGCGCCGUGGAGAAACUCGGGAACGCGAACCAGGACGGAGAGACGGCAGAGAGAGAAGAGAUACACACGCAAAAAAGAGAAGGCGGCAGACCGAAGUUGCGACAAAUCGACAUCGAAGACGACUGCAAACAGUUCGCAGCUCACCUUUUACUCGAUGAGGCAGAAGCCGACGCAGAGCCUACCCUCACAGCCGAGGGGUUUGGAGACAUCAACGGAGAGAUUUGGCUCGAUGAAGUCCUUGACUCCGAAUCGGACAACGACCUAGAUCCGCUGGACCACCGCUGGGGGAUGCUCAUCUCGGAUCCGCGCUGGGCGCUGCAGCGCACGCAGCCUCGCUACCAGUACACGCCAGUCGUGGAACCCGCGUACGUCGCCUCCUGCCCUACGGGCUGCUCUGUCGGCGUCCGCGCGCCGCCGUACCGGAGUCUCUACCGCCGACCCAAGAACUACGUCGUGGGAGUUUCCUACCUGCGUCACUACGAGCUCCCCACAGUCUCCCGUCUCCUCAAGGCGCCCGCACCCGAAUUCCUCCGCAAGAGACCGUGGGGACGCACAGCCAGAAACUUCCGAGACCUCCCGCUGGAGGGCGGCCUGCACUUUGAAGUCGACUUCUGUGGACGCAAAGACAGCGAAGCGGAAGAACCCAAAAAAGGCGCACGAGAGGUCUGA